UCUCCAUGGUUUGAAAACGGAGGUUGGCGGAAAUCAAUGGAUUUCUCCAGAAAAAUGCGUGAAUUGUAAGAGAAUUCUCCAUGAAAAAAAGGAGGUUGGCAGAAAUGAAUGCAUUUCUCCAGCAUAGGUGCGAGAAUUGUAAAAGAAUUCUCCAUGUUUAUUACAGGCGCAAGGAGCUAAAAAAAAAAAGGCUAUUCCCAGUGUUAGAAAUUGAUAGUAAAUUUCUCCAUGCUACGGUAAUUUCGGGAAUGUUCGGGAAGUUUUCUCAGGAAAUACAGAGACGAUGGAUAGAAUCUUAGGAAUAUGUGGGUUAUAGAAUGAUUCGAGUUGGUAGCACUCGAGAAGAGGAAAGAUAUUUGUGGUUGCAGAUUGAUUUAACAGUUGAUGUUAAGACUGAUCUGGACACCAGUAACUAAGUUUCUGGUUGAUGAACACAAGAUUUAUUUAGUUUUGUGUUUUUAUUUGUUUUUGUUCUUGUAGAUGCAAGAAAUGCGACCAGUACCAAUGUUGCUGUGCGAUAAAAUCGAAACUGCUAAACUCGCAACAGAAUGGAAAAUUUGGAAGGAAGCGUUGGAAUGCUACUUUGCAGCGUACAACGUAACGGACCAAACGGAGAAAAAAGCAAAACUACUACAUCUCGGAGGACCGGCACUACCGAGAGUGUUUAAAAAUUUAAAAGAUCAUGAUCAUGUGUCUUUGGUUAUGUUGGAACCGCGCUGGUAUGACCAGGCAGUUGAAAAACUGGAUGAGUUUUUCGGACCGCAGUAUCAAGCUACAACGGAGAGACGCAACCUGCGAAUGAUGAAACAAAAACCAGGUGAACGUUUUGCGGAAUAUUUGAUUCGUUUAAAACAACAGGCAUCUCAGUGUGGAUUUGACAAGUACAGUAAAGAAGUAGCUUCAACACUGCGGGACAUAUACUUAACAGAUGCAGUAGUUCAAGGAUGUUCUUCCAAUGAAGUCCGACGGAAAAUUUUGCAGAAAAAUUUGAAGUUUUCGGAAAUCGAAGACAUGGGAGUUGCGCAAGAGAGCAUAGAUAAUCAAACAGCUGAAAUGGCAGCUGGACCAUCAUCUGAAAAAGUGUUUAAAAUCGAGCACGGCGGAAGAAAAGGAAAUCCCAGAGCGGAAUAUAAGGGAUCCAGACAAGUUGAAAACAGGCGUAAUGAAAAGGCUUGUUUCAAUUGCGGACGUGUAGGACACUUUGCGGCAUCUUUCAAUUGCCCUGCUCGCGGGAAGGAAUGUAGAAAUUGUAAGAAACUUGGUCAUUUUGAACAAAUGUGCCGAAAGUUUAUGGAGAAGGGUCCGACUAAACGUCAAAUAAGAGCAAUUGACGAAUCAUCAGAGGCAAAACAACCGAAAACUGAGGAGGAAACACAUAGUUCGAAAGUGUAUUAUGCAUUCUAUUCAGUGAAUGAGUCAAACGUAAUAUCUUGUAUGCUUGGAGGAGUUUCUCUUGAAAUGAUGGUCGAUUCAGGCGCUGAUGCCAAUUUAAUUCCUAGUGAAAUGUGGGAGGAAUUAAAAAAUCGGAACAUAGCGGUAGUUUCAUCAACGAAACGAAGUUCGAAGAUCUUGAGGGCAUACGGAAGCAAAAAACCACUCACAAUAUUAGGCACUUUUGUUGCGGAGGUUGCUGUAGGGGGCCAACGCAUUCAAGCGGAGUUUUUUGUGGUAGAAAAAGGACAACGUUGCUUACUGGGUGACAAGACGGCUAAGCAACUAGGUAUUUUGAAAGUCGGGCUAGACAUAAACAGAGUGCAAGUAGAUCCGUUUCCAAAAAUGAAGGGCAUAACAGCAAAAAUCAAGAUGAAUCCACAGAUCAUCCCGGUCUAUCAGCCAAUGCGACGAAUUCCGAUACCUUUGGAGGAGUCAGUAGAUCGGAAGUUAGAUGGAUUGUUAAAAAGGGAUAUAAUCGAGAUAAAGACAGGCCCGACGACAAGGGUUUCGCCAUUGGUCGUAGUGGGAAAGUCAAACGGAGAGCCUCGUUUGUGUCUUGAGGAUUCGCGAGACGUGACAACUUUCAUAACCCGACGAGGGUUGUACCGUUUCAAGCGGCUGCCGUUCGGUUUGGUGACUGCUCCAGAGUUAUUUCAAAAGGCGAUGGAUGAGACUCUAUCUGGUUGCGAAGGAACAAUUUGGUAUCUCGAUGACGUGCUAAUUGAAGGUCAAAAUUUGCAGGAGCAUGAUAAAAGGUUGAAUAAGGUUCUUAGUCGAUUAAAAAACCGUGGAAUAGAAUUGAACUGGGAGAAAUGCCAAUUGCGAGUAUCGGAUAUAGAAUUUUUAGGACACAGUCUUAAUCAAGAGGGAAUUAUGCCAUCAAGAAACAAAAUUGGAACUAUUCUAUCGUUCCGUGAACCGCGAUGUGAAACAGAAGUUCGUAGUUUUCUUGGGUUGGCAAAUUACAUGAAUAAGUUCGUACCGAUGCUAGCCACCCUCGAUGAACCCUUACGGUGAUUGCUACAUAAGGACACCAGAUUUGGAUGGACAGAAGAACACGCAAAAGCAUUCAAUGCCAUAAAGAAAGCAAUGGGGAAUAUUGAUAACUUGGGAUUUUAUAAAGUCGAGGACCGAACUGCCAUAAUGACCGACGCUAGUCCGCAUGGAUUGGGCGCUAUCCUUAUUCAGUUCGAUAAUAGUGACAAACAUCGUGUUAUCAGCUUCGCUUCCAAAGCAUUAACGGACACAGAACAUCGUUACUGCCAGACUGAAAAGGAAGCACUAGGUAUUAUUUGGGGUGUUGAACGUUUCCAAUAUUAUUUACUAGGUAAAGAAUUUGACAUAUUCACGGAUUGUAAGGCAUUAAACUAUCUCUUCUCGAAAAGAUCAAAACCGUGUGCGCGCAUAGAAAGAUGGGUAUUGCGUUUACAAGCAUUCGACUAUAGGAUCGUGUUUAUGUCAGGGAAAGAUAAUGUAGCUGAUGCAUUACCUCGGCUUCCAGUAGAAAAUGCGAUACCAUUCGAUGCAUCAGAAGAAAUAUUCGUAAGAGAAGUGGCUACUCAUGCGGCAAAUUCUUCAGCGUUGAACUGGCGUGAUAUAGAAACAGAAAGUAGACAAGACGUAGAAAUUCAAGAAGUAUUAACGUUAUUGAACACCGGAAAAACACAAGAGCUACCUAUCGAGUACCGUGUGAUUGACAAUGAAUUAUGUGAACUAGGAGGAGUUCUUCUUAGAGGAGAUCGAAUUGUCGUACCAUUAGCUUUAAGGGAUAAUGUGCUGAAAACGGGCCAUGAGGGACACCCAGGCAUCACUAUGAUGAAAAAUCAUCUAAGAUCUCAUGUUUGGUGGCCAAAGAUGGAUGGACAGGUGGAACAAUUUGUUAAGAAUUGCCGAGGCUGUACACUUGUAGAGGCAGCAGCACCUCCGGAACCCUUACAACGAAAUAAAUUAUCUGUUUCUCCUUGGCACACAAUUGCCUUAGAUUUUCUCGGUCCUCUCCCAGAAGGACAACAUCUCCUAGUAGUAAUCGAUUGCUACAGCCGAUUCAUGCAAGUGUGUGAAAUGGAAACCACAACUACCAGCGAUGUUAUAAAAGAACUUUCAACAAUGUUUAGUCGGUACGGCAUUCCAAUUGCACUGAAAGCUGACAACGCGCCACAACUUAGCAAAGAAUAUACGGAAUGGAAGGAGUUUAGUGAGGCGAAUGGUAUUAAACUCAUGAAUACCAUUCCCUAUUGUCCUCAAUCGAAACUCAUGAAUACCAUUCCCUAUUGUCCUCAAUCGAACGGAGAGGUCGAACGUCAAAAUCGAUCAAUUCUAAAACGGUUGCGUAUAUCCCAAGAACUUGGACGAGACUGGCGUCGGGAACUAUAUCAGUACCUACUAACAUACCAUUCAACCAAGCAUCCGACUACGGGAAAAUCUCCGGGAGAAAUCAUGUUUGUUCGACGGAUCAAGGGCAAAUUACCGUUAUUGUCAUCUUUUCAGGAGGACCCGGAAGUAAGAGAUAGAGACACGUUGAUAAAAGAGAAAGGGAAACAAUAUGCUGAUAAGCGACGGGGUGCGCAAGAAAGCUCGAUCGAAGAAGGGGAUGAAGUUUUGGCUAAAAGAAUACGGAAAACGAACAAACUAGAUACGGAGUUCAGUACCGAAGAAUUUAUCGUCCGUCAUAACAUAGGUACAGACACAAUUAUUAAAUCAAAGGAAACAGGGAAAGAAUACAGGAGAAGCUCCGCACAUCUCAAAAAGAUAAAUGAAGCUUCUUCAAGCGGAUUAUUGCGGACAGAUUCAUCUGCAGAUAACAUCCUUGGUCCGAGUAACAAUUCGCCUAAGACGCUAUCAGAGCCUGGUUCAUCCAAACGGGUGGUCCAACCUCCAGUAAGACAUCGUGACUACAUAUCAUAUUAGCUUUUUUCACUAUGAUACAUUUACCGUUAUAAAUGUUACACCUAAAGGACAAAUAAAGGGCAAUAUGGAAUUUCCACAUUAUGAUUAUACACAAAUAAAUAUUUAUAAAAAGGGGGGGAUUGUAGCAUAUUACUUUAUAUAUACACCUUUGGCGUUACAUUGACCUUAUGGAAUUGUUAAUUGGGUUGUCGAACCCCGAGACACACACACAGACGAGACGCACGAAGACACGACUGACAAGAUGAUUCAUGUACGACGACCGACAGCAGCGGACACGCUACUACAAUCUGGCGACGAGGAUUUUGGAAUUUAACGCAGAAAACAAGGAAAAAAGAUGCAAGAAAUGCGACCAGUACCAAUGUUGCUGUGCGAUAAAAUCGAAACUGCUAAACUCGCAACAGAAUGGAAAAUUUGGAAGGAAGCGUUGGAAUGCUACUUUGCAGCGUACAACGUAACGGACCAAACGGAGAAAAAAGCAAAACUACUACAUCUCGGAGGACCGGCACUACCGAGAGUGUUUAAAAAUUUAAAAGAUCAUGAUCAUGUGUCUUUGGUUAUGUUGGAACCGCGCUGGUAUGACCAGGCAGUUGAAAAACUGGAUGAGUUUUUCGGACCGCAGUAUCAAGCUACAACGGAGAGACGCAACCUGCGAAUGAUGAAACAAAAACCAGGUGAACGUUUUGCGGAAUAUUUGAUUCGUUUAAAACAACAGGCAUCUCAGUGUGGAUUUGACAAGUACAGUAAAGAAGUAGUUUCAACACUGCGGGACAUAUACUUAACAGAUGCAGUAGUUCAAGGAUGUUCUUCCAAUGAAGUCCGACGGAAAAUUUUGCAGAAAAAUUUGAAGUUUUCGGAAAUCGAAGACAUGGGAGUUGCGCAAGAGAGCAUAGAUAAUCAAACAGCUGAAAUGGCAGCUGGACCAUCAUCUGAAAAAGUGUUUAAAAUCGAGCACGGCGGAAGAAAAGGAAAUCCCAGAGCGGAAUAUAAGGGAUCCAGACAAGUUGAAAACAGGCGUAAUGAAAAGGCUUGUUUCAAUUGCGGACGUGUAGGACACUUUGCGGCAUCUUUCAAUUGCCCUGCUCGCGGGAAGGAAUGUAGAAAUUGUAAGAAACUUGGUCAUUUUGAACAAAUGUGCCGAAAGUUUAUGGAGAAGGGUCCGACUAAACGUCAAAUAAGAGCAAUUGACGAAUCAUCAGAGGCAAAACAACCGAAAACUGAGGAGGAAACACAUAGUUCGAAAGUGUAUUAUGCAUUCUAUUCAGGGAAUGAGUCAAACGUAAUAUCUUGUAUGCUUGGAGGAGUUUCUCUUGAAAUGAUGGUCGAUUCAGGCGCUGAUGCCAAUUUAAUUCCUAGUGAAAUGUGGGAGGAAUUAAAAAAUCGGAACAUAGCGGUAGUUUCAUCAACGAAACGAAGUUCGAAGAUCUUGAGGGCAUACGGAAGCAAAAAACCACUCACAAUAUUAGGCACUUUUGUUGCGGAGGUUGCUGUAGGGGGCCAACGCAUUCAAGCGGAGUUUUUUGUGGUAGAAAAAGGACAACGUUGCUUACUGGGUGACAAGACGGCUAAGCAACUAGGUAUUUUGAAAGUCGGGCUAGACAUAAACAGAGUGCAAGUAGAUCCGUUUCCAAAAAUGAAGGGCAUAACAGCAAAAAUCAAGAUGAAUCCACAGAUCAUCCCGGUCUAUCAGCCAAUGCGACGAAUUCCGAUACCUUUGGAGGAGUCAGUAGAUCGGAAGUUAGAUGGAUUGUUAAAAAGGGAUAUAAUCGAGAUAAAGACAGGCCCGACGACAAGGGUUUCGCCAUUGGUCGUAGUGGGAAAGUCAAACGGAGAGCCUCGUUUGUGUCUUGAGGAUUCGCGAGACGUGACAACUUUCAUAACCCGACGAGGGUUGUACCGUUUCAAGCGGCUGCCGUUCGGUUUGGUGACUGCUCCAGAGUUAUUUCAAAAGGCGAUGGAUGAGACUCUAUCUGGUUGCGAAGGAACAAUUUGGUAUCUCGAUGACGUGCUAAUUGAAGGUCAAAAUUUGCAGGAGCAUGAUAAAAGGUUGAAUAAGGUAAUGGAAUGUUUGAAUUGAAUUGAAUGUAACAAAUCUAUUGAAUAAAUGGGUCUUUUCUAUCAUAUGCAGGUUCUUAGUCGAUUAAAAAACCGUGGAAUAGAAUUGAAGUGGGAGAAAUGCCAAUUGCGAGUAUCGGAUAUAGAAUUUUUAGGACACAGUCUUAAUCAAGAGGGAAUUAUGCCAUCAAGAAACAAAAUUGGAACUAUUCUAUCGUUCCGUGAACCGCGAUGUGAAACAGAAGUUCGUAGUUUUCUUGGGUUGGCAAAUUACAUGAAUAAGUUCGUACCGAUGCUAGCCACCCUCGAUGAACCCUUACGGUGAUUGCUACAUAAGGACACCAGAUUUGGAUGGACAGAAGAACACGCAAAAGCAUUCAAUGCCAUAAAGAAAGCAAUGGGGAAUAUUGAUAACUUGGGAUUUUAUAAAGUCGAGGACCGAACUGCCAUAAUGACCGACGCUAGUCCGCAUGGAUUGGGCGCUAUCCUUAUUCAGUUCGAUAAUAGUGACAAACAUCGUGUUAUCAGCUUCGCUUCCAAAGCAUUAACGGACACAGAACAUCGUUACUGCCAGACUGAAAAGGAAGCACUAGGUAUUAUUUGGGGUGUUGAACGUUUCCAAUAUUAUUUACUAGGUAAAGAAUUUGACAUAUUCACGGAUUGUAAGGCAUUAAACUAUCUCUUCUCGAAAAGAUCAAAACCGUGUGCGCGCAUAGAAAGAUGGGUAUUGCGUUUACAAGCAUUCGACUAUAGGAUCGUGUUUAUGUCAGGGAAAGAUAAUGUAGCUGAUGCAUUACCUCGGCUUCCAGUACAAAAUGCGAUACCAUUCGAUCCAUCAGAAGAAAUAUUCGUAAGAGAAGUGGCUACUCAUGCGGCAAAUUCUUCAGCGUUGAACUGGCGUGAUAUAGAAACAGAAAGUAGACAAGACGUAGAAAUUCAAGAAGUAUUAACGUUAUUGAACACGG